AAAGCGGGCGGGCGCUGUUUUGUCUAACAACAAUAAAUACGAUCAGGGAAAAAAAAUGCGGACAAACGUGUACUGGAGGACAAAAAGAACGUAUAGCAUUUCGCCAGUACAUAUUCAGGUUAUCUGCGCGGAAAUCGAGGCAAUCCGAUCUCUUCGCUCGUUGCCCCUCUCACAACAGGUCUCGCCUUCUCCGGUCUACUCGCGUGUGCAUGUGCUCGCACAGAUGUGGGACUUUCCUGUCACACCGUGAUCAUUUAACUCCGCCGCUUCCUGUCAGCGACUCGUACGCGCUUUGGGAGCUGCCAUACGAAGUAAGCUAACAUGGCUAUGCGGGCAAGCGGCGUCCUUGCGGUUAUCGUGAGUUUCACGUGGCUGUGUUGCGCGGCGGCGACAGAAACGGGAGUUGGUUGCGCUUUAGCAGAGGAAGACUCUCCGGUUGUAUGUACCUCCGCGGGUAAAUUACGCGGCGCGAAGCGUGCUGCUUUGGACGACAGAUUCGUCUACGCUUUCCUUGGAAUACCUUACGCUAAACCGCCAGUUGGAGAGCUGCGGUACCAGAAACCCGAGUCCGUGGCGCCAUGGGCUGGAGAAGUCAGAGACGCGACGAGGUUUCCGCCGUCGUGCAUGCAAGUGAGCGUAUUUUCGCCUCGCAAUCUGGUGUGGGUGCCAUACGAUCAGCCAAUAAGCGAGGACUGCCUGUACGUGAACGUAUGGACACCUAAGCUGAACGCUUCCGCGGGGUUACCGGUGAUGGCCUGGCUUCAUGGAGGUGGCUUCCAAGUGGGUUCGGCGGCCAUGCCACUCGAAGAUGGAGCACACUUGGCUGCCCUCGGAGAUGUCGUGGUGGUAACCAUCGAAUAUAGGUUGCAGUCAUUCGGCUUCCUGUACGACGGAACGUCGGCUGCCCCAGGAAACAUGGGUCUGCACGACCAGCAGCUGGCAUUGAAAUGGAUCCAAGAAAACAUCGCUGCCUUCGGCGGUAAUCCCGGGGAAGUCACGCUGUUUGGAUGGAGCGCCGGUGGCAUUUCUACCGGUUUUCAUCUGCUCUCGCCAGGAAGCCAGUCUCUUUUCAAGCGAGCCAUCAUCCAAAGCGCCGGCGUAACCAAGAAAGGGCGCGCAAAGGACAAGUCUGAAAUGUUAAAAUACUCCCGUCAACUGGCUGCUACCUUUGGAUGCUAUCAGGAGGACUCGGCUACCAACACAUCUCAGAACAUAGCGGCAUGCAUGAAGAAAAUAAACGCCACUCUAAUUGCGGCUGUUGAGCAAACGUUCGUUGACGGUCAAUUUGAACCUAUCUUCGGAGAUGAAUUCCUGCCCGUAGAGCCUUGCGUAGCGGAGUUUCCAGGCGAUAAGGACGUCAUCAUCGGGCAGACUGCAAACGAAGGAACGAACCAGCUCUACACAAGCUUCAGAGAUACAUUUUCUGAGGUUCUUCCUCCAAGGCAAAUUAACAAGGCAGAAAUGGUGCAUUUCUUGAGCAGUUUGUACAAGAAACUCUCGCUGUCCGAGAUAAAGAAGCUUCAGGAGGAGUACAUGGGACAUAUCGGAGACUUCGAUUACGACGCCCUACGACAGGCGCUGGCGGAAACAAAGGGCGACUCGCACGUCACCUGCGGCUCCCUCAACACUGCAUGCAAGUUGGCGAACGCAACAGCUGACGCUCAAUCUGGGAAAGGCGUUUACUAUUACGAGAUGAAUUACGUGACCGCCUGCCCGAAGAAGCUGCCGUGGUUCGGCAUGACCCACGGCGACGACCAACCCCUGGUGUUCGGCAGGGCCUUCGAUAAACAGGACGGAUGUGCUGGUGACACUUCGUACAGCAUGCGGAUCAUGCGGAUGUGGAGUGAUUUCGCCUAUGGGAGGUCUCUUGCCGGAUCUGAAGGUACCGACUGGCCGAAGUUUACAUCAGACUCCAGGUCCUUCUUGAAACUUACAGCAACAGGAUCAGAAGUGUCGACCUUCAACCGGGAACCAGGCAGCAAUGGGCCACGCUGCAAGAUUCUCAAAGAACUUAAACUUUACUGAAGCAAUGCGUGAUCAUAAUAGGAUGAGAGAUAACUAUAAUAUAUAUAUAUAUAUAUAUAUAUAUAUUAAUAUGAACGAGAAGAAAGGAAACCAAUGCGCUCGAUUUUUAUUAGUCAUAAUUAUAAGAAUCCGACAGAAAAUUACACCAAGCGAAGCGUAAUGGGAACUUUUUAUAGUUUUAACUGAAGUGUAGAAAAUGAUGAACGAAUAGAAAUGAAAACGGGCGAAAAAAAUAGCAUAUGCAAAAAUGUGUUAUGCAUAUGCAAAUAAUAAUAGCAAAAAUAUGUUUAUGCAUACAGGGAGAGAGAAGAGAGCGAGAGAGAUGUAGAUGCCCUAGAUAAAAUGUGCGAAUUUGCAGCACGCAGUCUCCCAUUUCUUAUCGGUGCCUUGUUAGAACAAGACGGAUGAGCUGGGCUAAGUGUGUCCUAGUAGAAAACAAGCCUCAUUCGUCAUUAAUAAACAUGUCUGUGAACUACUAUGACUACUUAUAGCCUAAUUAGCGUACAUAUGAAUUUUUUUCUUUACAUAUAAGGAAAUGUCUAUUGUACUCGCAACGAUUCUGGGGCCAG